CCUCUGUUUCGUAUUCCAGUGGAAGAAAAAGAAGGGGAUACCAAGAGCAAAGCAAGGGAGGUUGGUUUUGAUGAAGAAAUAGAUGAACUGAAGGAGGACCCACCUCACUUUCAUCUUUAUCUUCACAAAUUUCCAAUCUCUCUUUUACCUAGAAUCUCUUGUCAUAUUUUAUUGUCUGCUCUUUUUCUGAUUGGUUUGUGUAUUUGUAAAUGUGUUAGUUGCAACUACUCGACACCAAUCCACAGCUACUCGGAUCUGAUCUUCCUCUUCUUUACCCCUUUUAUCUUCAUAGUUCUGUGUUGUCCUUCCUUAAAAAACCAGUGAUUUUUGGAAAUUUUGAUGUUUGAAUUUGUUUCUAGAUCUCCAUCUUUUUCAGAUUUUCUUCAAAAACCCCUUAAUCAAUUUCUUUCCAUUGCAGGAUUGCAUCUAACAAAACACAUUCUUUAAUUUCCCUCUCCUUCUCUGGUUAGAUUUUCUUUAUUUACUGUCUUGGCUCUUUAUAACUGUUCAACUUUAUGGAUUGAGGACCACUGCAAGUAGAUGCUACUUUGAUCAAAGUAAAAGCCCUUUUGAUUGGUCUGGGUUUGAGGUUAGUGAACCUUAGCCACCAACAAUCAAAGGUUCAAAGCUUCUCUCUUAGGUCAUUGACUACAUAUAUACCAUUAAUCUGCUUCUCUGAUAAGUCUUUGGCACGGCCCACUUGUAUAGUAGGGAAGAGAUUCCAGUUUUUUUUUCCUUAUAUAUGGUUACCAUUUCUUUUUGGCAAUUGGUCCUCCUUUCAGCUUCUUUAUCAUUUGUGCAACAUUAUUUGAAAAUACCCAUCUGAGAAUUCCUCAUAUCUGAUGCUUUUCUUCCUGAUUUCUUGCCUCUCCUUUGUUCUCCUCUCUAAGUCUCUCCCUCUCAAGCCUCUUCCACCAUGGGAAAAUGAGAUGAGAUUGCUGUCUCUCUGGUUCUGGAAGGAGUUUUCUUGUUUCUUGGUGUCUUGGUUGAGAAAGAGUUGGCUCAGUGGUUUUUUCUUUGAAAUCCUAUCAGCUAUGUCAAUGAAAAAGAAGAAUUUUUCUGCCAAAGUAGAGAAUGUGGAGGAGUCAGAGGAGAGCUCUGUAUUAGAUUUGCCUGAAUUGGCCUUGGAAUGUAUUCUUGCGAAGCUUCCACCUGAAGGGUUGUGUAAUGUGGCAGGGGUUUGCAGUUCUUUGAGGGAUAGGUGUAGAAGUGAUUACCUGUGGGAGAGGCACAUGAAGGAGAAAUGGGGAAGAGUAAUUGGGCGUGCGGCGUAUCGUGAAUGGCAAUGUCAUAUUGCCUCUAGGAAGGAUUCAGGUGUCUCAGAACGAUGUGGUCGUCGGAGGCGCUUGGUCCGGUCCCUGUCUUGUGCCUGGCCUUUCUCAUGGAUCAAAUCCAAGGUGGAGAGUAAUCAUAAGCAAAGGAGUUCCUUGCCUGCUAAUUCAUUGAUGUCUUGGUAUCUCUCUCUUGACAGUGGCAAGUUUUGGUUCCCAGGCCAGGUCUACAACCGUGAGCAGAAUGGGCAUGUUGGGUUUAUGAUGUCAUGUUAUGAUGCAGAACUUUGCUACGAUUCCAGCACAGACACCUUUCAUGCAAGAUUCCCACCACAUGGACGGCGGACCAUUGUGAUAGAGGAUGGAGUGCAAUGGCACAGAUUAAGGACACCACCUGUUGAUACACCUCCUCAUGAUCUUCAUGUCUCCGACUGUUUGUAUGAUUUACGCCCGGGUGAUCAUAUAGAGAUUCAGUGGAGAAGAAACAAAGAGUUCCCCUAUGGUUGGUGGUAUGGGGUUGUUGGUCACUCAGAAACAUGUAGCAGGAAUGAGAAUCACUGCAACUGUUACUCUAGUGAUACUGUCGUCUUGGAGUUCAACCAAUACACCCCAGGAUCACGGUGGAGGCGAACCUCGAUCAACAGGAAGGUUCAUCGGGAAGAAGGAAAUGAAGCAGAUGGGUUUUAUGGAGGAAUUAGAAAACUUUACAAGAAGGAGGAGGUCUCGAUGUGGAAGCAGCUCUGGCCAACCGAAGUCUUAGAAUAGGUUCCCUUAGCGUAGAGAAAAUUAACUCCACAUUUGAGCUUAUUCGAUUGAGCCACAGUUACAGAAUUUGAUGACUCAACAUUUUGUUUAUUAGAAGAUGAAGGAUAGGCUAUGGUUUCAGAUGAAAGGACGUAGAGCCCAUGUUUUUGCCGGAACUGUGAGAACUCGUAGCUGUUUGAUGUGAUUCCUAUCCAUGCUUGAGGUCUCCUUGUUCUUAGUCUGAGAAUCAUUGCAUAUACAACUGUACCAUAUUGACACAUUAUAGAACUCUAGUGUUACUCUUCAACAUUCAAAUCAACUAAACCUGUACAAAUCUUAUUCCACCAGUACACUCAAUUUAUAACCUAACCUUCUGCUAAUUGUAAGCGUUCAUGCAUUACUUGAUUGUAAUCUUCUUGAAGGUAAGGAAACAUCUCUUUUGACA